UAUUUUUCGUCAAAGUGCACGUCGGCAAAACACGUUCCGAAAAUCGAACUUUUGCUGGUUGAUUUGUGCGGAUUGCGAAAAGUACUGCUCCUGGUGCUCAGCGGCGGUUAGUGGUCCUUACAGGAGGUGAAGCGUUCCGUAGAUGUCCUUUCAGUUUUUAUACUCCCUCAGUAGACUUAGCAGGAAAAGCUGUUCACCGUGCGUCUUCGUCCUUCGGAACUUCACCGGUUUUGGUUCGCUGCAGGUUCAGGUUCGAGCCGGGAGUGAAUCGAAGAGUGUUCCAGCUAGAAAACCGUUUAAUUGGGGUUCGAAUAAGCAGCACCGGGACGUAAAAUUACGCCUACAGCUACUAGAGACGAUGGCCGAUCCGAAAAUCGAAGAGCAGCUGGCUCCGCUGCGUGAAGCGGUGAAGGAGCAGGGUGACCUGGUACGCAAGUUGAAGGCCGAAGGAGCCCCUGAAAUCGACGUGAAGAAGGCGGUGAACGAGCUGAAGGCUCGCAAGAAGAUUCUGGAAGACCGGGAGCUUAGCCUUGUGCCACAGGUUGCCACUUUCGAUCGUGCGCGGAUGGAAGAUCUGCUUAAGCGGCGGUUCUUCUACGAUCAAAGCUUUGCCAUCUACGGAGGCAUCACCGGGCAGUACGAUUUCGGGCCUAUGGGAUGCGCCCUAAAGUCGAACAUGAUCAACACCUGGCGCCAGUUCUUUGUGCUCGAAGAGCAAAUGCUGGAGGUGGAUUGCUCCAUCCUAACACCCGAACCGGUUCUGAAGGCAUCCGGGCAUGUCGAUCGAUUCGCCGAUCUGAUGACGAAGGAUGUAAAGAAUGGAGAAUGUUUCCGUUUGGAUCAUCUCAUCAAGAAUCACCUUGAGAAGCUGGCCGCGGCAAAGGAUGCAUCGGCCCAACUGAAGGAGGAGUGUGAUGAUAUCGUCAUCAAGCUGGACGGCAUGACAAAGGAUGAGAUGGCAGCGAUUAUGCGCAAGUAUGCGAUGAAAUCCCCAAUCACCGGCAACGAUCUGACCGAACCGAUUGAGUUUAACCUCAUGUUUGGCACACAGAUCGGUCCGACCGGGCUGGUGAAGGGUUUCUUACGGCCGGAAACGGCCCAAGGUAUUUUCGUGAACUUCAAGCGCCUUCUCGAGUUCAACCAGGGCCGAUUGCCGUUCGCUGCGGCGCAGAUAGGUAACAGUUUCCGUAACGAGAUCUCACCACGAUCCGGGCUGAUUCGCGUGCGUGAGUUCACGAUGUGCGAGAUCGAACACUUUUGCGAUCCGCAGGAGAAGAACCAUCCAAAAUUCGAGAACGUGGCCGACACGGUGAUGACGCUGUACUCCGCCUGUAACCAGAUGGACGGCAAGAGUGCGCAACCGGUACGCAUCGGUGAUGCCGUGGCUAGCGGAUUGGUGGCGAACCAAACGCUCGGUUACUUCAUGGCACGUAUUCAGCAGUUCUUGCACCGCAUCGGUAUUCUGCCCGAGCGGCUCCGUUUCCGGCAGCACAUGGGCAAUGAGAUGGCGCAUUAUGCGUGCGACUGCUGGGAUGCAGAGUGUCUGACGAGCUACGGCUGGAUCGAGUGUGUCGGGUGUGCUGAUCGAUCUGCGUACGAUCUAACGCAGCACACGCAAGCCACCGGAGUGAAAUUGGUGGCCGAAAAGAAACUACCGGCUCCGAAAACGAUCGAGGUGACGGAGGUGGUACCUAAUAAGGCCGCCAUCGGUAAGGCGUUCAAAAAGGAGGCGAAGGGAAUUACGGAUGCACUGGCUAAGCUCAGUCUCGAUGAUGUGAGCGAGAUUGGAAAGAAUCUGGAAACCAACGGAGAGCAUACCCUGGUGGUCAAUGGUGCAGAUGUGAAGCUGUCGGGCGAUCUGAUCGCCGUGAAAAAGACUACGAAAACGGUGCACGUUGAGGAGAUCACACCAAGUGUGAUCGAGCCAUCGUUUGGUAUUGGGCGCAUCAUGUACUCGCUGUUGGAGCAUAGCUUCCGCAUGCGGGAUGGUGAUGAACAGCGAAGCUACUUCUCACUACCACCAGUUGUUGCGCCACUGAAGUGUUCCGUUCUGCCGCUCAGCAACAACGCCGAAUUCACGCCUUUUGUAAAGAAGAUCUCAUCGGCUCUUACGUCGGUUGAUGUUUCGCACAAGGUGGACGAUUCGAGUGGAUCGAUCGGACGACGUUACGCGCGUACGGAUGAGAUUGCCAUUCCGUAUGGUAUAACGAUCGAUUUCGAUACACUGAAAGAACCGCACACGGUUACGCUUCGAGAACGUGACUCCAUGAAGCAAGUUCGGAUUGCGUUGGAUGAGGUUGCUCAAACCAUCCGUGAUCUGGCAACCGGACGAAACAGCUGGGCGCAAAUCGAAGAGAAGUACCCACGUUUUGAGCAGCAAGAAUCGUCGGCCAAGUAGGUCAAGAUGCAGUACAUCGAUAACUUAAACUCUACACUCUCUGGACCUCGUAUGAUCGUUCCGCAUCACUUUAUGCAUUUUCUGUAAUUCGUUUCAAUAGUUUUUCGAAAUAAGAUUUGAUUUUACGUCUGCUAGGUCACUACAAUAAAGUGAACGUUAUUCUGCUUAUAU